GGCGGUGCGGGCUGCGGCGGUGGCUGCGGCGGGGCGCGCCGGGACGCUGCGCUCCGCUCCCGCAGGAAGCGGCCCGGGGCGGGGGCGGCCGCUCGCAGCCAUGCCGGGCCCGGGGCGCUGAGCUUGCCCCGCCGCCCGCCCCGGCCCCGGCCCCCGCCGCGCCGCACGAUGGAGGAGGAGAGCUUUUGGGAAGAGGAAGGUGGUCCUGAACUCGGUGCAAGCAGUAGCAAUGUGGGAUUUGACUAUGGCCAAGGAAAGCUGGAAAUCUUCACCUGCUUUCUGAUUUGAAAGGCAUUAAGCAGAGUUCCCGAUCCUCUGAGGCAGCUGAAGAUGAAAAGGACCAGCGCACAGUGACAGUCAACCCCUCUCACAUGAGGAAGGCGUUCAAGGUCAUGAAUGAACUGCGGAGCAAGCGGCUCCUCUGUGAUGUAGUGAUUGUGGCUGAAACCGUGGAGAUGGAAGCCCACCGCGUGGUCCUUGCAGCCUGCAGCCCUUACUUUUGUGCGAUGUUUACAGGAGACAUGUCUGAAAGUAAAGCCAAGAAGAUUGAGAUAAAAGACGUUGAUGGGCAGACGCUGAGGAAGCUGAUUGAUUACAUCUACACUGCCGAGAUCGAGGUCACGGAGGAGAACGUGCAGGUUUUGUUGCCAGCUGCUAGUUUAUUGCAACUGAUGGACGUUAGAAAAAACUGCUGUGACUUUCUUCAGUCCCAGCUGCAUCCCACAAACUGCCUUGGAAUCCGAGCUUUUGCCGACGUGCACGCGUGUACCGAACUGCUGCAGCAGGCAAAUGCCUACGCAGAGCAGCACUUCCCUGAGGUGAUGCUAGGAGAAGAAUUUCUUAGCCUUAGUCUGGACCAGGUUUGCAGUUUAAUAUCAAGUGACAAGCUCACAGUCUCCUCUGAAGAAAAGGUCUUUGAAGCGGUUAUUUCUUGGAUAAAUUAUGAGAAGGAAUCUCGCUUAGAGCACAUGGCUAAACUGAUGGAGCAUGUUCGCCUGCCCCUUUUGCCCAGAGAUUAUCUUGUACAGACAGUUGAAGAAGAAGCUUUAAUCAAGAAUAACAACACCUGUAAAGACUUCCUUAUUGAGGCCAUGAAAUAUCAUUUGCUUCCUCUGGAUCAAAGGCAACUGAUCAAGAAUCCCAGAACAAAGCCAAGGACUCCCGUUAGCCUGCCAAAGGUGAUGAUCGUGGUGGGUGGGCAAGCGCCCAAAGCCAUUCGCAGUGUGGAGUGCUAUGAUUUUGAGGAGGAGCGGUGGGAUCAGGUUGCUGAGCUUCCCUCCCGGAGAUGCAGAGCAGGUGUGGUAUUUAUGGCUGGCAAUGUUUAUGCUGUCGGGGGCUUUAAUGGAUCUUUGAGGGUACGGACGGUUGAUGUGUACGAUGGCGUGAAGGACCAGUGGACAUCCAUAGCCAGCAUGCAGGAAAGACGAAGCACUUUAGGUGCAGCUGUGCUCAAUGAUCUCCUGUAUGCAGUGGGCGGCUUUGAUGGCAGCACCGGUCUGGCAUCAGUUGAGGCCUAUAGCUAUAAAACCAAUGAGUGGUUUUUUGUGGCUCCCAUGAACACAAGAAGAAGCAGUGUUGGAGUUGGAGUUGUGGAGGGUAAGCUGUAUGCCGUGGGGGGUUACGAUGGAGCGUCCCGUCAGUGCCUUAGUACCGUCGAGCAGUAUAACCCAGCCACGAAUGAAUGGACCUACGUAGCCGACAUGAGCACUCGACGCAGUGGUGCAGGUGUUGGUGUCCUCAGCGGGCUGCUGUACGCUACUGGGGGGCACGACGGUCCCUUAGUAAGGAAGAGUGUCGAAGUCUAUGAUCCAGGAACAAACACCUGGAAGCAAGUAGCAGACAUGAAUAUGUGUAGAAGAAAUGCAGGUGUAUGUGCGGUGAAUGGUCUCCUCUACGUGGUGGGAGGAGAUGAUGGUUCCUGCAAUUUGGCCUCGGUGGAAUACUACAACCCCAUCACAGACAAGUGGACGCUAUUACCGACCAGCAUGAGCACGGGCAGAAGUUACGCAGGUGUGGCUGUGAUUCACAAACCCUUGUGACACACAAUUAAGCCAAAGCGAGGAGCAGAAGUGAAGCGGAUCCAGCUGGGUGGUGUUGGGAAGGUGACUGACCUUUGACUUGACCCAUCUCAUUGCUGUUAGUGUCUUAGCAUGACAAGUGAUAAGUUACAAACAUCAUCUGCUCUGCGGUGGAUUGUGUAGCAAAGCGAAAAUCCCUCUGUGGACAUGUUCCAUGCUAGACAUGAGGUGUUGCUUGUUAUCUGUGGUGCAAUCAACUGUUCUUCUCAAUGGCUUAGUGUCCUGAGAUAAACACUGUGCUUGAACCGCAGGCACUGAAUUUCUUGUGUGAAACAAAACUGCUACGUUUGGGCAUGUGAGUAAAAACGAACACUUAUGGAUUUCUUCACUACUGAUGCUCCGUGCACAUUAUCGGUUGAACUACUUACUCACUGUGCCUGAAGGGUGGACAUUACUACUGGCAGUGGAAACUUCUGAGUACCAACUGAGAAAAGCAGUCGGCAGAAAUGGACUGGAACAGGGUGCUCUGGCUUGAGUGUGACACUGUCUCAGUCAUACGUUUGUAUAUGCCACCAGACUACUGUGUGUACCCCUGAAAUGCUUGUCGUAUGGUGGAAAUAAAUACCAUGUGAUUUUUCUA